ACUCGAGGAAGGUGGUCUUGUUGGAACGGUUCUCGAAUCUCUAGAAGGACUAAAAUGGGUGCUACAAAAGACGGCGAGAUUCUUUUGGGGUCUGAGAACCUGAUCAUCGAGGUCGACGAGGAAAAGCGGCGGACGAAGCAGUUUUCCUGGUUCUACGCACCCACAUAUCUGCUUUUCUGGGUGGGACUUUUCUUCGCCGUCAUCUACCCACUUUUCCAGGCUCUGCCCACAGGAAUCAAGAUCUCCGACGAGGCGGCGAACCCGGGAAAAUUCGUGGCGGAAAGGGCCCAGCAAAUACUGCUGAAAAUCAGUCAAAUGGGACCGCGAGUGGUGGGCGAUGUUAGCAACGAAGUUACCGUAGUGAAUUUUCUGCUCGAAGAAAUCGAAAAAGUGCGUCAGGUGUUACGUGAAGAUGUCUACGAUAUGGAAGUGGAGAUACAACGGGCCUCGGGCUCAUAUGUGGUAAAGGGCCUCACGAAUCACUAUCAAGGUGUGCAAAACGUGAUCGUUCGACUGAGUAUGAAGAGCUCCAACAGCACUAACUACCUUCUGGUGAACAGUCACUACGACACAAAGCCGGGUUCACCUGGUGCUGGUGAUGAUGCUGCCAUGGUUGUUGUAAUGCUGGAGGUUCUUCGUUUAGUGGCCAGCUCGGGAGAUCCCAUCCUGCAUCCCAUUAUAUUCCUGUUCAAUGGCGCCGAGGAACAACCGAUGCAGGGAUCACAUGGGUUUAUUACCCAGCACAGAUGGGCAGCAAACUGCAAGGCACUUCUUAACCUGGAUUCUGCUGGAGCAGGUGGACGUGAUCUGCUAUUCCAGGGAGGUCCAAAUCAUCCAUGGCUGAUGGAACAUUACAGAAACAAUGUCCCACACCCAUUCGCCACGACCACCGCCGAGGAGAUUUUCCAGGCUGGAAUCAUACCUUCGGAUACCGACUUUAGGAUCUUCCGCGACUUUGGAGUGGUGCCGGGUUUGGAUAUGGCUGGCGUCUACAAUGGCUUUGUGUACCACACGAAAUUCGAUCGCUACACGGUGAUAAGCCGCGACUCGCUGCAGAACUCAGGCGAUAAUUUACUGGCGCUUGUGUGGAGUAUUUCGAAUGCUGAGGAAAUGUAUGACACUGAGGCCUUCGCUUCGGGACAUGCUGUGUUCUUCGACUUCAUUGGCCUGUUCUUUGUCCACUACCAGGAGUCCACCAGUGUGAUCCUGAAUCUCUGCUUCUCCUUUGGGGCCAUUGCAAUCGUGUGUGUCUCGCUCUGGCGAAUGUCGAGGGUUACGGGUGAGCGCCUGGGCACCUAUGCCGGGGCCUUUGGCCUCCUGUUCCUGCUGGCCCUGGCUGGGGUCCUUCUUGCCAUCGCCUUCCCCCUGCUCAUGGCCACGUUCUACGAUCUGGGCAACCGCACUUUGACCUACUACAGCAACAGUUGGCUGGUCAUCGGGUUGUACAUCUGCCCCUCGGUGAUUGGACUGGUUCUACCCAUGACCCUCUAUCUGACGCACAAAAGAAAUGAGAAGAUUCCCCACACCUACUACCUGCACAUAGUGGGUCACGCCAACUGUGUGAUUUUGGCCAUCUUGUGUUUGGCAACAACAGCUCUUAAAUAUCGUAGCGCUUACCUCUUCCUGAUCUCCCUCAUUUUCUACGUAGCCGCGCUGAUAAUAAAUCUUUUGACUCGUCUGCAUUGUCGUGGCUAUCUUUGGUCGCUGGUGCUGAUUGUUUUCCAGAUAAUACCCUUCAUAUACCACGCCUACUUGUUCCACAUGUUUAUACUGAUUCUCAUUCCGAUGGUGGGUCGAUUUGGGGUCUCCAUCAACCCGGAUCUACUGAUUGGCGCUCUGUGUGCUUUUGGAACUAUUUUGGCGUUGUCCUUUGCGGCUCCUCUGGUCAACAUUUUCCGAAGACCACACUGCAUGUUGGGCGGCUUGGCACUGGUCAUGUUUAUUUUCUGCAUGAUUUCCGUUUCGGAAGUGGGAUUCCCCUAUCGCGCUAAAACGAAUGUAAUGCGAGCUGACUUUAUGCAAGUGCAUCGAAAGUUCUUCGAGUAUGAUGGUUCAAUGAGUCUCGAGGACUCCGGCUACUACUUCCACCUGGGUGAUCGCAACAAGGAGGCUCCCCUGUUGGACCACAUGAACCUGACCAACUUGGUUGCUUUUGAUGAAGAUUGUGAUUCCGAGUUGAUGUGCGGACUGCCCUGCUACCGAUACUGUAGUUCUCGAACCCACGCACUUUGGCUUGCCCGCGAGGAAAUGGUGGAGCUGCCGUAUCCCACGGUCCUGGAGUUCCUCAACAAGACGGUUCUCUCCGGUGGCUACCAGGUGCGCUACGAGUUCCGGCUGAGCGGUCCGCCGAACAUGGGGCUCUUCUUCCAGCCGCUGGCCGGUGUUCGCCUGCUCCGCUGGACAUUCGCCCCGGGAAUGCUGGACAAUCCCGCCACGUACAGACCUCCACUGGAGGUAAUGCUCACCUACGGCAUCGACGACACGCCCUUCGAGUUCUUUGUGGAGUUUUCGAAGGACAAUGGCAACUUUGAUGAGCCCGUCUUCGAGAUGGGCGUAUCGGGUCACUAUGUGAGUCCGCACGACAAGCGGGAUGCGCUGAGCGAGGAGUUCCUGGCCACACUUCCGGACUUUGCCUUCUCCAUGGAGUGGCCCAGUAGCUACGAACGUUACGUAUUCUAGGGAACCCAGACCAGAGCAAGUAAAACACCAAGUCAAUGACACACCCAAACCGAAAACGGUAGUUUUAUAUUUCCGAAAGAGUGUGGGCAAAUGGAUGGGGAUUAAAUAUUGGAUGCUGCAUUUCACAAUGGACCGCUAGGCAAACAAUUGGGGAGUAGUUUGGUGGGGAAAGAGCAUUGCAGAGCAGAGCAGAUGGUGGAGGAACCAUUUGUGCAAACAGCGAGUGCAGCGGGAAGCUGUUGGGCUGCGUAUAAAUAGUGAGCCCGGAAUGGGCAAAAGACACACU